AUGGUCCUUAAUGCAAAUGGUCCUCGGCCAGGUACCAACGGAACUGGUCCACGGACCGGUAAUAAAUGGUCCACGGACCGGUACGUAGUAACAAAUGGUCCACAUCCCGGCACCAAAUGGUCCACGCUAAAUGGUAUCAGCAGAGCCCGGUCCGCGGACCGGUAUCAGCUGGUCCGCGGACCGGUAAUAAAUGGUCCACGGACCGGUACGAACUGGUCUGUAGCCCGUUACCAUGACGACAUAGCUGGUAUCUAUCUAUCUAUCUAUCUAUCUAUCUAUCUAUCUAUCUAUCUAUCUAUCUAUCUAUCUAUCUAUCUCACUGUUUUCGUUAUCUAUCUAUCUAUCUAUCUAUCUAUCUAUCUAUCUCAUUCUUUUCGUUAUCUAUCUAUCUAUCUAUCUAUCUAUCUAUCUAUCUAUCUAUCUAUCUAUCUAUCUAUCUCAAACCUAUUCAUAUACAUGAAAUGUGAAAUCUAUCUAUCUAUCUAUCUAUCUAUCUAUCUAUCUAUCUAUCUAUCUAUCUCAUUCUUUUCGUUAUCUAUCUAUCUAUCUAUCUAUCUAUCUAUCUAUCUAUCUAUCUAUCUAUCUAUCUCAAACCUCAUCAUAUACAUGAAAUGUGAAAUCUAUCUAUCUAUCUAUCUAUCUAUCUAUCUAUCUAUCUAUGUGUGUGUGUGUGUGCGUCCCCGAAAAUGUAUUUAG